CCCGCCCCUCCAGGCAAAGAAUCUUUUGCGGCGUGUCUGGCUGGUGUGAAUUGUAAAAGAUGGCGGAUCCGUUGACACUCUUUACAUCUAUCGGGCUAAGUGAGCAGAAAGCGAAGGAGACUUUGAAAAAUUAUGCCUUAUGUUCUGCCCUAAAGGAUGCUAUUGCACAGGUAUGACUUGAGAGAUUGAGAAAAGUAUGAAAUCUUGGCAGAUCGGGCGUGGGUAUAUAUGACAGUAUUAUAAACCUUCUUACGUUAGCUAGUGUUGAUAAAACAAGUUUACUGGAGAACGGAGACCAAGUAGAGACUUUUGGACAAGGUGGAUAAUUGUAUAAUAUAAGGCAGUUUAUUCAGAGGUAAAGAUAUCUGGAAUCGCGUGCACGGACCCGUUCGUCAAUCUCGUAGGGAGAUAUCUGAGAGAGCCCCUAAACAUUGUGUGCUGACAUUUUAUACAAUAAAAUGAAGUAGGUUGAUUCUAGUAGUUCUGAUCUUCUGAUUGGUCCUGAUGAGUUGGGCGAGGUCACCUCCAGGCUAGUGUCACUGUUGCAUUGGCUCUGAGUCGGGUUCUCUGUCUUCAGAUGUUCAGCCUAAGAGAAGGGGAUUUGUGUGUGUGUGUGUGUGUGUGUGUGUGUGUGUGUGUGUGUGUGUGUGUAUGUGUGUGUGUGUGUAUGUGUGUGUGUGUGUAUGUGUGUGUGUGUGUGUGUGUGUGUGUAUGUGUAUGUGUAUGUGUAUGUGUGUAUGUGGGUGUGUGUGUGUGUGUCCUCAGAGCAAGAACUCGUGAGUUGGAAGAACUGAGAGACCUAUGGCGUGGGUGUUGUCCAUAGCCACCUGCUGACAAGGCUGACAAUAAGGACUCUUUUUGUCCAUUGUAUUGAAUACAAAGGCCCAACACAAAAUGGGUCAUGCACAAGAUUUUAGUCAGACCAAGCUAUAACAUUAUAUAUUUACUACGACACUAGUCAUUUCACUGACUCUUUGGCUGUGGCAUUUAUUUAUUAGUCAGACAAGUUCAUACUUUGAUAUGAGUCUGAGUGAAUACAUUCAUUCAAACGUAUUAUUGACAAAUCAAGAAUAAUAGUGAAAGAAAAUACCUGAUAGUUCACUGUAAACUUUCAGUUUCUCUUACACAUGUUAUAGGCCUACCCCUUUGAAAUAAUUUUUAUUUGGAUUCCUCUUUCUAGUGUACCAUGUCAUUAGAACUCAUCUUACCCUGACAUGACCAGCUAAAAAUAACCCAGAUCUCCAAUGUACUGCACUUGUUCUUGAAAGUAGCAAUCCAGACUAUUAAAUUGACAGCUUUCCUGUCAGUUCAUCUCCAGGUCUAGUUUACUCUGGGACUUGGAAUAGGCCUAACACUGGUUUCAGUAGUGUUAAGUGGUGUCAACACUUGUAACACUGUCUAUUUAUUCCAACUGGUUGUUUUCCACAGGCCCAGCGGGUGCUUGGGGUGGCAGGAGUGGACAAAGCAACGGGGACCCUCCUGUACACCAUGGCCUCUCGUCUGAGAGACCCCAAACGCCUGGGCUUCCUCACAGAUCACAUCGCUCAGCAUAAGAUCUGCACAGAGCUGCAACUGGCAGGUAGACACACACAAACUCAAGUUUCGUGACAUCAAUGAUUAAUGUAAUUAUUAACUAAAGCUGAUAAGAUGUCUGUAUGUCAUCAGCAUUUUGUCUCGUGGCCAUUCCCAUCCUCCCUUUCUAGCUCUCUCUCUCUCGCUCUGUCACACACAAAGACAAAGACACUUUGAUUUUGGGGUGAACUAUCCUUAAUGUGUCAGACUGUUUAAACAUGCUCCUCUCGCCUCUCUAGCUGCUUUGGAGUUUGUGAAGAGCCAUCCCCAGGACCCCAUCAACCAGAAGGAGUUUGAGUCUUUGUGUGGAGUGGGAGUGGUCAUAACGCCAGAGCAGAUAGAAGACAAGGUGAGGACUUGAGCUUAUUUUGACCAGGAAAACGUCUGGCUUUAGCCCUAACUAGAGGGCCCAGACUUUUCCUGUUUACCUAUAAUGUUGCAUGCAACAUUGUCAUGUUGUAAACAUAGCCUCUGUCCAGUGAUGAUGAUUAUUAACAGUUGCUGGGUAGUGUGAGGGGUUUGACUGACAGUGGUGUGUUACAGGUGGAAAAAGUUAUCAAGAAGCACAAAGACCAGCUGCUGCAGGAGAGGUACCGUUUUAACAUGGGACUGCUCAUGGGUAAGAAUACAGCCCUGAUAGAAUAUUGAUUACCUCCUCCGGGACUGGAGGAAAUUAAUAUCUGUGUCGGUAAGGAGCAGAGGAUGUAAGUCUCAUUGAGAGUGCCUCUGUACUCACAGGUGAGGCUCGUGGUGGUCUGAUGUGGGCUGAUGGGAAGACGAUCAAAAACGAGGUGGACAUGCAGGUGUGUGUAGCAAUACAUUUAUGUUUGGCCUCUGAAUGCAUUCUGUGUAUAUCAACAUAGAUAUACCUCAGAUGUGUGCUUGUAUUGUGACCCUGUGUGAAAUCCUGACCCCGUUCCCUCUCAGGUCCUCCAUCUCCUGGGCCCAAAGACAGAGGCUGACCUGGAGAAGAAACCCAAGGUAGCACCUCACACAGCUCAACAUGGCUGUCCAUUCAAUUUUUUUUGCAAUCAUAUUUCACAUGCAAAAGCUGGGAUGAUUUUACUAAUGGAUCAAUCCAUUGCAUAAUCACGUAAAAUAUACUAAAUGAAUAACUCCUAUGUACUGUAUACGAUACUAAAUGAAUAACUCCUAUGUAAAUGAUACUAAAUGAAUAACUCCUAUGUGCAGGCUCAGAAGGCUAAGGCUCCAGAUGGUGAGGUGAAGGUGAAGGAGGAGCUCACUAUGAAUGGUAAUGACCUGGGGACUCCACAUAUAGCUGCUCUGGGUUAAGUGGUCACCCUGUUACAGGGGUGUUGACAUACUUUUGUGUGACUUGUGUAUGUGUGUAGGGGAGUUGAAGAUUGAGGGCAGAUCACUGAUGGAUCAGCUGAGAGGAGCGGCCCUAAAUUUCCACAAACCAGGUGAGAUGGAGACACUUCUUCCAUGACCCUCCUUACCAAUUUAAGUAUACUAGCUUGUAACCCCUGGCCUCUGACCUGUUUCUCCAGGAGAGAACUAUAAAACAGAGGGCUAUGUGGUCACUCCUAAAACCAUGGACCUGUUGAAGCAGCAUCUGGAGUUCACUGGAGGACAGGUAUGGAGAUAAGGGAAUGUCAUGGGUGGGAUGACCAGAAUGCAUUUAAGGAACAUACUGCCUGCAGGUGGAACUGUUGAUCUCUCACUAAUGAAUCUCUUUCUCCUUGUCUCUCCUUCUCUGUUGGUUUUUCUCUUGCCUGUCUAUAUUACUGUAGAUUCGCACUCGUUUCCCUCCAGAGCCCAACGGUAUUCUUCACAUUGGUCACGCCAAAGCCAUCAACUUUAAUUUUGGCUACGCUAAGGUAUGACCCUGACACACACUCCACCCACCAGCACCACACCCUUAACCACUACCAGAAGGCAAAGUAUAGCUUAGGCUACAUUUAGCUUAUUGGUAAAGGCUAAGGGUUGAUUUCAUACUGUGUACUUGACUGAACCCUGACCAUAAUGCACUAUCACAAUUGUGUUGUCCUCUCUUUUCCUCUCUCCUUGUCCUCUCUCCCUCCUCAGGCUAAUGAUGGGAUCUGCUUCUUGAGGUAUGAUGACACUAACCCAGAGAAGGAAGAGGAGAAGUACUUCACCGCCAUCAAAGACAUGGUGGAGUGGCUGGGUGAGUGUCCGUUGUACAAUGUUACCCUAACACAAUGUUUCUCAAUCCUGGUCCUGGGGACCCAAAGGGGUGCAUAUCUUUUUUUUUGCCCUAGCACUACACACCUGACUCAAAUCAUCAAAGCCUGAUUACGAGUUGAUGAUUUGAGUCAGGUGUGUAGUGCUAGGUCCCCAGAACCAGGAUUGAGAACUACUGCCCUAACAUCACAACAACAUUGGCAAAGUCUCCAGAGAACGGUUUAGCACUGACUGGUAAUGACAUGCUAUAGUCAACCAUAACACAUUGCAACAUCAGUAUGUGUGUGUGUGUGUGUGUGUGUGUCUCAGGUUAUAAGCCUUAUGAAAUCACUCACGCCUCCGACAACUUCCAAAGACUUUACGACCUGGCAGAGGACCUCAUCCGUAGGUGGGUGGCACUGUCUGUGUUUCUCUUUAUUCUCAUAUGUGUGGAACCAUUUGCAUACAUGUGUGUCUAUAUAGGAGUGUAUCUGACUGUUUGCUCACCUCUCUAGGGGCCAUGCCUACGUGUGUCACCAGCGGGGGGAGGAGCUGAAGGGUCACAACCUGCCCCCGUCGCCAUGGCGAGAGCGUCCUGCUGAGGAGUCAUUGGUGCUGUUUGACAGGAUGAGGCGGGGCCUUUUCGCUGAGGGAGAGGCCACACUUAGGAUGAAGAUAGUGAUGGAGGACGGCAAGAUGGACCCCGUGGCCUACAGGAUCAAAUACACAGCCCACCAUCGCACUGGGGACGCAUGGUAAUACACACACACGCACCACAGUGUUCCUUCUAACAGUUUUCAUUAUACUCAUCACAGUUCUACCCCCUCGCCCCUUUCCUCUUCACAGGUGUAUCUACCCCACCUAUGACUACACCCACUGUCUGUGUGACUCCAUUGAAAACAUCACACACUCACUCUGCACCAAGGAGUUCCAGGCCAGGUAUGCUGUGUGUUGUAGUUACAUUCAAAUGUGUUUGUUUCAGGAUCUUUCUUUCCUUUACGUUUUUGGUUCUUUAGAACCUUUGAUGGAUUCUCUUAAUAUGCUUGUGUGUGUCCUUCAGGCGGUCAUCGUAUUUCUGGCUGUGUAAUGCUCUGGACGUGUACUGCCCUGUGCAGUGGGAAUAUGGCCGUCUGAACCUCACGUACACCGUGGUCUCCAAGAGGAAGAUCAUCAAACUGGUGGAGGAAGGAACUGUCAGGUCAGCAUUACACACACUAGCACCUCGCCUCACCUCACCUGGCUCUAUGGAAAUCCUGUUUCUAAGGCAAAACUAUUUGUUUCCAGGGCCAAACUAUUUGUUUCUACUGCCAAACUGUAGGCUUGGGCGAUACACCGUAUACCGGGUUAUUUCAAAAUACCGAUGGUAUGAUUUUCAAUACCGUUAAUUAUUUUUAAAAACUUUUUUUGUGCUACGCCACUGCUUAUAACUAUAUGUUAAGUAUAACUAUAAGAAAUCUAAGAUGUGUCAAAUUCUAUCCCGCUCAGGGCUCCAGCUAUGCAUUUGGUUUGCUAACUUGCUAGCUAAGUGGCUAGUUGUCAAGAUCAAGCUUCUUGGUUACAGCAGAGACAUUCAAUCCCCUCCUGGAUCAAGAUCCCUGUUGCUUAAAUUGUUUAGUGUUUUUGCCCCUUGUGUGCUCAUUCGGUAAUAGCGUAUACCUCGGUAUGGUACAGAAACGGUAUGAAAAUCUGGAUAUCGCCCAACUAAACUAUUAUUAUCCAGGGCCAAACUAUUUGUCUCCAGAGCCAAACUACAUUAUUUGGUCCAAAGUAACUAUUGAUGUGUGUGAGAGACUUCCACUGACGGUUUGUGUUUCGCAGGGACUGGGACGACCCUCGUCUCUUCACUCUGACUGCUCUGAGGAGGAGGGGCUUCCCAUCUGAGGCCAUCAACAACUUCUGUGCAAAGGUACGAGAGAGGGAUAGAUGGAGGGAGAUGGAGGAGUAAGCAAUACUAUUGUUUGAAUGUUGUAUUCCAUCUUGCCAGGUGGGAGUGACUGUUGCCCAGGCAACGAUGGAGCCCCACAUGUUGGAGUCGUGUGUGAGGGAUGUGCUGAAUGACCACGCCCCCCGAGCCAUGGCCGUCCUGGAGCCCCUCAAAGUCACCAUCACCAACCUGCCUGAGGGCAUACGGGUAUGUAAACACACACACAAAAUCACUUUUAAUUCGAGGAUUAGUGCGAAUGGGAACCAUUUCUUUAUCUCCUCUCCUAGAAUGAUGUCCGUGUGCCUGACUUCCCAGCCAAUGAGUUCAUGGGCAGCCAUGUUGUGCCAUUUACACGCACCAUCUUCAUCGAGCAGAGCGACUUUAGAGAGGUAGGUGACAAAUUGUGGGGGUCUUAGUGUGUACGCUCUCAAGACAAGGUCUGUGUACUUUGUAAAUGUGUUUCUGAGGUAGUGUUGACUAUGUACCGUGUGUGUGUGUUUUAACCCUGCUGCUCUCUAUCUCCCGCUGCAGGUGAUGGAGAAGGGCUACAAGCGUCUGACCCUAGAUCAGCCAGUAGGCCUGAGGCAUGCUGGCUAUGUCAUCUCUGUACAGAAGGUCAUCAAGGUGAGACGCUUCUCUCAGACUGAAAGACUACAAAAAACAAAGAACCAUGUUAAGACUAUGAACCAACAUACAUGCCUGUUUGUCCUGGCAGGAUGUUAAAUCCCUCUUUCUGUCCCCUGCACCUUCUCUGUCCUCUCCCUUUCCUCUCUCUCUGAUUCUCUCACUUUGCUAUUAUCUUCCGCUUUCUUACUCGCUCUAUCUCCAUGUUUCUCUCUCUCUCUGUCUCACUCGCCAUCUCUUUCUCUCUCAGGACGCCCAAGGAAGGGUGGUGGAGUUGGACGUGCAUUGCUGUAGUUCCCAUGAGGCUGCAGAGAAACCUAAGGCCUUCAUCCACUGGGUCAGCGAGCCCCAGAAGUGCGAAAUCCGUCUCUACGAAAGACUGUGAGUCACUGAAAAGGCUUUGCGUUUGUGUCUGUGAGAGAGAGACGUGUGUCUGUCUGCUAGGUGUGUAAUGAUUUCUCUCUCUCUCUCGCUCUCUCUCUUGUUGUCUAUUUUCAUCUGUCCUCAGAUUCCUUCACAAAAAUCCUGAGGACCUGUCUGAGGUGCCCGGCGGCUUCCUAAGUGACAUCAACCCUGUGAGUGUGUCUAAGUGUUACUGUCAUGGACACACACACAGCCUCAGAAAACAUACACACAUGCCGAUAAAGGACAGGAGACAAGGAGAGGAAGUUUGAGAUGUACCCAUGGCAAAAUGUUUCCUAUGUCCUCUAUGUCCCCCAGAACUCCCUGCAAGUGAUCAACAGUGCCUUGGUGGACAUUUCGGUGAGCAAGGCGAAGGUGUUUGAUAAGUUCCAAUUUGAGAGAGUGGGAUACUUCGCACUGGACCCAGACAGCACAGCAGACAAGGUACGGUCCACCAACCAGAAACUGAAUAGUUGAUUGAUACAGGUGGAAAAAGGAGUGAGAACUGGGGUGUUAUUAAAUUGUUUACUUUGAAAUGGACACUGGUAGAAUGAUGUCAUCUUAUGAAGUUGGUGACAAAGAGAAAUUGUCUAUAGAACAUGAGCCAGAGGAUAACAGCAGCUUUCCUCUCCCUGCAGCUCGUCUUCAACAGAACGGUCACCCUCAAAGAGGACCCUGGGAAGAUGUGAUUGGGUGGAAUGGGAUCAAGCUGGACCGCCUGCUUCCCAUGAGCCCUCAAACAUGUCAAUCCCAAAUCAACCCCUUUCUCCUACAUCUGACAUGCUUUAGAUCUGAAAGUAUCAGAUGGGUGUAAGCAACGCUCCAUCUUCAUAGGCCUCUGAUAGGCUAGGUGGACUUUUUGCCAUAUUGGAUACACCUAUCCAAUCCAGAUCUACAGAUGUGCUUAGGGGUCGAUUUGAAAUCCAUAAUUUGGGUUUGUGGGCAUCUUUCAGUUUAGCAUUUGCACAGACUUGGGCACUGUGUCACAAGGUACCUCCUUUUGAGGACCACAACUCAUUUAUAAUUAGGGUAACAAGGGUCUUACUGUAAGUUUGUAUGAUGUAAACCCAUCCUAUCAUCAUUAUCAAGCUUUGCGUCCAUGGUCAAACGUAUCAUCAUCAAGCUUAGCUCUGUGCCGAUCUCACACAACAUAGAUGCUCUCAAAUGCAACAUUUGGUUAUUUUACAGAAAUUGAACAUUUGGUGACACACUUGACAAUUUGAGAGGAAACCAUGAAUAAAACCAUGAAAAAAUAAUUAAAAUAGUUAUUACAA